UCUUAAUAUUGAUCAGAAAAAUAGUUUCGAAUUUUUUAAGAACACAAAACCCGGAAAAUUCGUUAAAAAACAAGUUUUUUGAGUUGGGGGCGCUGAAAACUUAUCGAAAAAAUUUUGAAAUUAAAAAAAAUCAUAGUGGAUUUCAAAAUUGAGACUUUGAGGAUCAUAAAAAUCCCGGCGAAGACAUAAAAAUAAUUAAUUGUCUAAUUUUAAUCAGCCGUCAAAAUUUUUAAAAUCAUUAAAAAAUUCCUCGAUUUAACUUCACCGAUUUUUAUUAAAUAAACUAUUGGUCGUAGAAAAAAAUGUUAGAAGUAAAAAUUGUUCGCUUAUGACUCCUCUUUAAGAAAAAAUCCGUCCGGUUCCUCAAUUUUGAUUGUAAAAAAAAUUAUUGGCUAUUAAAAUACAUUAUUGAUUUCAGGCGUUGUAAUUCUGUAAACAUGUUAAAAUUUUUAACAACUGGUCUGCUGCUUAUACUAUGUGCAUGGAAUGUAUAUUCUUGCAUUGAAAAAUAUGGCGAUUGCACGAAUGAUAGAAGUUGUUGCCAAGGUUAUGAUUGCACUUUGGAGAAUGCACCUAGAGGUGGAUACGGCGGUGAAAUUAGCUACGUCUGCACUCCGUUCAACUGCAUUAAGGAAGGUGAUAGAUGCUUCCGUAAUGAAACUAGAUGUUGCCCAGGUCUUACAUGCGUCAAUAAGGGUACACCCUUAGGUGGAUAUAAAGAAUUUGACAUUAUCGAAUGCACUAAGAGCUAAACAGAAGACUAGGAAAAUUAAUCAAGAAAAUAAUUAGGAAGAAAAAUAUUUUCUUGGCUCAAGUGAACCUUUUUUUCUGUGUAUACAUUAUUUCUAUCGAAUAAUUAUUUGGGUUUAGAAAAAAAAGUUUUAAGAAAAAAA